UCCCACCUUUUCUUUUUAUUUCAUCUAUCGCUUAUACCUUUUGUCCUCUUCUUUAUCUGAUCUUCCCUCUUUCUCUCUCUAUCAGUGAUCACCAAUAUCAUCAAGCACAUAAGAACGAAUUCAAGACGGUGGCCAUGGUAAUCAUAAGCUAAGGGAGAUAGAACGUGUCCCAAAAGAGUACAAAUAAAGUACUACUAUGCUUUCUACCUUAUUUUACCUUUCUCUUAACUAUAUACUUAACUUGUAAUUUUUUCUCCUGUUCAAUUUUUGGGGGUUUUUUGUUUUUACAAUUCUAAGUAUAAGGGAAGAAAAAUUAGAGGGUGGUCUCAUUUAUUGUGAUGGCAUGGUGCAAUGACACUCAUGAGAAAGAGAUAAUUGCUUCCAAUAAUAGUACUAUUACUCUUAGACCUAAAUCCGACCCAAACGUAACUUGCCCCUCAUGUGGCCAUAACAUUCAAAUAAUCCAAGAGCAGGGUGGAAUUCAUGAGUUGCCGGGGUUACCAGCUGGAGUGAAGUUUGACCCAAAUGACAUUGAAAUAUUGGAGCAUUUGGAGGCAAAAGUUAUGUCUCAUGUGCCCAACCUUCAUCCUCUCAUUGAUGAGUUCAUACCAACACUUCAAGACGAGAAUGGCAUCUGUUAUACACACCCAGAGAAGCUACCAGGAGUAAAGAAAGAUGGGCAGAUCCGGCACUUCUUCCACAGGCCUUCAAAAGCAUACACAACAGGAACAAGGAAGAGAAGAAAGGUUCACACCGAUGAAGAUGGAAGCGAAACAAGGUGGCACAAAACCGGAAAAACAAGACCGGUGGUGGCCGGCGGCGGCCUAGUGAAGGGUUUCAAGAAGAUUCUAGUACUAUACACCAACUAUGGGAGGCAAAAAAAGCCUGAGAAAACUAACUGGGUGAUGCAUCAAUACCAUCUUGGAAGCAAUGAAGAAGAGAGAGAUGGAGAACUAGUAGUUUCAAAAGUGUUCUACCAAACACAACCUAGACAAUGCGGCAAUUCCAUUGUUAUAAAGGAAGAUAAUGAUGAUGAUCUUCCCUAUGGAAAGAUAUUGAUGAUGAAUAACAGUAGUAAGAAGCACAAAAAUAAUAACGAUAGAAAUGUUGCUGCUCCUGUUGUGGACUACUACAUCAACUAUGACCAUGUUGAUCAUCAUAAUCACAAUCAUAAUAGUCAAAGAUGUUCAUCACCUACUCAACUUAUUCCAAACUUGGUUCUCCAAGGUGAUUCCUCUUCUCUUUUUCGCUUUGCUUCAUCAUCACUCGAUGGGAAUACCAACAAAACAAGACUUUUUGAGAGAAAGUUGUAGUAAUUCGUUCAUUAUUAUUAUUUCUUUCACUAAGUGACAAUAUUUAUUCUAUACAUAUAUGAUAUAUGGGAUUAAUAUAAUUAGAGUGACAUGUAAUUAAGUUGAUUGGCUUUGAUGUGAAUUAAGGACUCACUCAUAUAAUCAAAGAUUGGUUUUUAUUAUGUUAA